CGGUUGUCAAGGAGCUCCAGGACUUAAUUGAAAGCACUACGGAGCUUCGAAUGCUGGCCUCAGCUAUGUUUGAUGAGGUUCCCAAUAAACCUCCUUAUGAUGAGGACCCGAUGGGGACUAAGCAGAUUCAAGAUUAUCCACAGAUGCUUGAAGUGAUGACCGAAAUCAUAACCAGCGUUGCUCCAGAAUGGAAUCAGACUGGAUACGAAGUUGGCUUGAUUGGCUUCCCGUUCAACGCCAUCCUAGAUUGGCCCAUGGGUACCCCUAGUGGGUAUGCAUUCUUCCUCAAACCAAAUGUGAACAAUAAGUUCAAGAAUAUCCUUAACAGAUGGAAGAAGGAUAUCCUUGAGACAGAAAUUUCUAGGGAUUUGGUUCUCACUAAGGAGCCCAAUGGGUGGUUCUGUGAAGAGGCACUGAAGCAGCUUACGGACGAUAGCAACCCCACGACUGUGAAGCGUAAGCCAUUCGAUGAACUCUUUGAAUGCGACCCGAAUGACCCUCACUACGGAUUUGCUUCAUGGGAUGCCUUCUUCACCAGACGCUUCAGAAAUAUUGAUGAGGAUCGACCUGUUGGGGAAGAGAAUGAUGGAAAUUGGGUGGUGGCCUCGUGCGAGUCUAAACCGUUCUCUCUACAGAAAAACGUUAAAAAGCUCGACAGCUUUUGGUUGAAAGGACAACCGUACUCGGUGGCUGACAUGGUGGGGCCAAACGUCUCAGAGGAUACUGUGAACAGCUUCGUCGGCGGUACCGUCUAUCAGGCCUUCCUUAGUGCUACCUCCUACCAUCGCUGGCACUCGCCGGUGAAAGGAAAGGUCGUAUAUGCUAAAGUCAUCGAUGGGACAUUAUUCUCUGAGCAGCCGAUUAAUGGUUUCUAUAAUCCCGAUGACGAUCCAAACCACAAGCCCGACCCUGCCGGACCGGACCGGUCCCAAGGUUACAUUUCUCACAUUGCAACACGUGCCGUGUACCUCAUUGACACAGAAGGUCCUGCCGGGUUGGUGGGUGCUAUCUACAUAGGCAUGGCUGACGUAUCCACCUGUGAGAUCGACUAUAAAUUCCACAGAGUUGACGAACAGGUUGAAAGCAAGAAAGGAAUUGAAGUAGAGAAAGGAGAAGAACUUGGGAUGUUUCAUCACGGUGGUUCCACCCAUUGCCUUCUCUUCCAAAAAGACAUUGAUCUAACAUUUGUAUUUGAACCAUUCCCUCAAGAGACACAAGAGAACAUGCCACUUCGGAGCAAGUUGGCUAAAGUUGGGCAGUGAAUAUUACAAGGAGGUUAACGAAAAAAAAGAAGAGACUGCCCGGACGUUGGUUGCCACAUAUAUGGCAGGCGCAGACUGCCAUGUAAAUUAGUAAACUUAGUUUAGUUUAAC